CCGUGACACUGCCACAUGGACGAGUUUCCUUUUCCUGCGCAGAUCUUCCGCGUCGCUAGCUUGCAAAACACGUGUAGUCUUGAAUACGGGGAGCUGCCGCUACCGUAGUGAACGAGAUAUAACUUACACGUAUCUAACUUGCCGAUUAAUCCACACAAAUUGUUUACAUUUCACAAAAUGCGGCCGUUAACAGACGAUGAAACGAAGACCAUGUUCGAAAAACUCUCAAAAUAUAUUGGAGAAAAUAUUAAGUUGUUGGUGGAUCGGCCAGAUGGGACGUACUGCUUCAGACUUCACAAUGACCGUGUGUACUACAUAAGUGAGAGAAUUUUGAAGCUGGCCACAAAUAUUUCUCGGGAGAAGCUGGUUUCUGUGGGUACAUGUUUCGGAAAAUUUACCAAGACUCAGAAGUUCCGCCUGCACAUCACAGCACUGGACUAUUUAGCUCCAUAUGCCAAGUUCAAGGUUUGGGUGAAGCCUGGAGCAGAACAGUCAUUCCUGUAUGGGAACCAUGUUCUAAAGUCAGGUCUGGGCCGGAUCACAGAGAACACAGUGCAGUACCAGGGUGUGGUGGUGUACUCCAUGGCAGAUGUACCCUUGGGUUUUGGAGUGGCUGCAAAAUCCACGCAGGAGUGCCGCAGAGUGGACCCGAUGUCCAUUGUUGUGUUCCACCAAGCAGAUAUUGGGGAGUACAUUCGGAGUGAAGACACUCUUACUUAAAGCUGAGCUGAUUAAGACAGACUACUCCAUCAAUUGCCGCUGGGGGGGGGGG